AUGAUUUCUAUGCCAGAAAGAUAUGAACAAAUUGAUGCACAUAUUGGACAAGGUACUUAUGGUAAGGUAGAAAAAGCUAGAGAUAAAGAAAAUGACAUUAUAGUAGCUAUAAAAAAGGUUAAGAUAUGUGAGUUACCAUCAGACUUGACAGAAUCUAGACAGAAAGUGGGACAAUGUGGUAUUCAUUUCACAGUUUUGAGAGAAAUCAAAAUAAUGAAUGAAAUUGAUCACCCAAACAUAAUGGGGUUAAGAGAUGUUUUUGUUCAAGGAGACUUUAUUAACUUAGUUAUGGAUUACAUGGAGAGUGAUUUAAGGAAGGUUUUUGAAAACAGAAUUCGUUUUUCUGAAUCACAUAUAAAGUGUUUGUUGAAACAAAUUAUUCUUGGAAUUAAUGAAUUGCAUAAUUGGUUUAUAAUACAUAGAGAUUUAGCUCCUGCUAAUAUAUUCAUUAAUUCAAAAGGUAUAGCAAAGGUUGGAGAUUUUGGGUUAGCUAGAAGUUAUGGACAACCACGUAGAGAGUAUACUCCAGAAGUAGUUACUUUAUGGUAUAGAUGCCCAGAAUUGCUUUUUGGAUCCACCAAAUACACUCAUGCAGUUGAUAUGUGGAGUGUUGGGUGUAUAUUUGCAGAGCUUUUGACAGGUGGGAAAGCCUUAUUACCUGGAGAAGAUGAGCUUAGACAGCUUGGACGUAUUUUUGAGCUUUUAGGCACUCCAAAUAAUAAUAAUUGGCCUCAAGCCAAAGAACUACCUCUUUAUUGUGAAUUUAGUCCAAGGCCUCCCUUAAACUUUAGUGACAUCUUUCCUAACGCCUCAGAAAUGGCUAUUGAUCUUAUACAGUCUCUUUUAAGACUUAACCCCCUAGAGAGGAUUUCUGCCAGCCAAGCUCUUGAUCAUGAAUAUUUUAAAAGCUAUCCCCUCCCAUGUGACCCUUCUGAACUACCUCUUAUUUACCUUAAAAACUAA